CCCUUAUAGAGAAAUCAAAAAAUUCAUGUAGUUUCCAUGAAUUUGAUGGAUCGUAAUCAAACUUACAUUGAAGUUUUUUUUAUCUUCAUUUCCAUUUUUUGUCUAGUCACUUGCACUACAUGUAAUCCGCAGUGGCAUCAUGAAGAGAAGUAUCCCUCUCCGGGAGACUGGUUAAACCACGGGGGUAACAAAUACAACCGAAGAUAUGCUGAAGGCGAAACCAAGAUUAGCCCGUCUACUGCUCCUAAAUUGCGUCUCAAGUGGGAAUUCUACGCAGGGGACGACGUAUCAGCAACACCAGCAAUCUACAAAGGGACAGUCUAUUUCCCUAGCUGGAAUGGCUAUCUUUAUGCAGUAAAAGCCUCUGAUGGCUCUCUUGUGUGGAAAAAGAAUCUGCAAAAGCUAACUGGACUUAAGUCGACCUUACCGACAAUUCUAAAUCUUACUUCAGUAGCACUUUUGUCUAGAGCAACUCCAUCGAUAGCUGACGAUGAUAUGCUAAUUGUUGGGAUCUAUGGACCGGCUUAUGUUAUUGCCGUUGAGCGUGCAACUGGAAAAAUUAUUUGGAAAAAGAAAGUUGAUAGCCAUCCAUAUGCUGUUAUUACCAUGUCUGGAACUUAUUACAACAAAGGCUUUUAUGUUGGAGUAUCUUCGUUGGAAGAAGCUUCUUCUAUUGAGAAUUGUUGCACCUUUCGCGGUAGUUUUACCAAAUUAGACAUCCACACCGGCGCUAUUUUGUGGAAAACUUAUACACUUCCCAACAACCACGGUAAGAGAGGAGAGUACGCUGGAGGGGCAAUUUGGGGAAGCAGCCCUUCAAUUGAUACAUAUAGAAACCAUGUAUAUGUUGCCACAGGGAAUUUAUACUCUGCACCUAAAAGAAUCGAAGAAUGUCAAGAGAGACAGAACAGUCGGACGACUCCAACUCGGCCGGAUGCUUGCAUUGAGCCCGAUAACCAUUCGAAUUCUAUGCUUGCUUUAGAUAUGGACUCGGGCGAGAUUAAGUGGUAUAGGCAGCUUGGAGGUUAUGAUGUAUGGUUCUUGUCAUGCGCAAAUUCAUCCACCCCGAAUUGCCCUCCGGGACCGAAACCUGAUGCGGAUUUCGGCGAGGCGCCUAUGAUGCUGAGCGUGUAUGUUAAUGGUAAUAAACUUGACAUUGUCGUUGCUGUGCAGAAAAGUGGAUUCGCAUGGGCGCUCCGUCGAGAUAAUGGCAGCCUAGUUUGGUCUACGGAGGCUGGUCCCGGAGGUACGGCUGGAGGAGGCACAUGGGGAGCCGCCACUGACAAAAUAAGAGUCUAUACCAACAUUGCCAAUAGCCAUAAAAAAAAUUUCACUCUUUUACCUUCAAAGAAAGUCACAACUAGUGGAGGUUGGGUUGCAAUGGAUCCUGGUACCGGCAGAAUUUUAUGGUCGACCGCUCUACCCAACAAUGCCAUGACGAAUCCGGUGACUGUUGCCAAUGGCGUCCUCUUUGCCGGUUCGACCUAUAAAACUGGACCAGUAUAUGCCAUCAACGCCAAGAAUGGGAAAAUUCUGUGGUCAUAUGAAACAGGGGCGAGUGUAUAUGGUGGAAUGUCAGUUAGUGAAGGAUGCAUAUACGUUGGAAAUGGAUAUCAGCCUCCGAUUUUCACUUCUGGAACGUCCCUCUUCGCCUUCUGUGUCGACUAAAGCUUGUCGAAAGUAAAUUCUUUCAGAAUAUCUAAAAUGUGUGAACUAUAAGUGUCAUACGAAAUAACAACCAUUUGGUGUUGAACUUAACUACAAUAAAAUCAAAUAGUCAUCUGUUUGAACUUUGAAUAUCAGACCUGUGACUUUGCGCAGGAUUA